AUGUGGUUGCCCGCUAGGAAUAGUUGCUGGGGGAAAGGGGGAGGGGGAGAAAGUGGGAGAAAGGGGGAAAGGAGACGGACUUCUGAGCUGACUCAAAAGAGAUACGAGGGAGGCGAUGUGGUUGCCCGCCCAGGAAUCCUUGCUGUGGGAAAGGGGGAGAGGGUUCGGAGAGAAGGAGAGGGGCAGGGGAAGAAGCAUUUGUCACAGUGUCCCGGCUUGGGGACUGGAGCUCCAGUCCCGGCGUGGGGACUGGAGCUGCAGUCCCGGCUUGCGGACUGGAGCUGCAGUCCCAGCGUGGAGACUGGAGGUGCAGUCCCAGCGUGGGGACUGGAGGUGCAGUCGCGGCUUGGGGACUGGAGCUGCAGUCCCGGCGUGGGGACUGGAGCUGCAGUCCCGGCGUGGGGACUGGAGCUGCAGUCGCGGCUUGGGGACUGGAGCUGCAGUCCCGGAGUGGGGACUGGAGCUGCAGUCCCGGCGUGGGGACUGGAGCUGCAGUCCCGGCGUGGGGACUGGAGCUGCAGUCCCGGCUUGGGGACAGGAGCUGCAGUCCCGGCGUGGGGACUGGAGCUGCAGUCCCGGCGUGGGGACUGGAGCUGCAGUCCCGGCGUGGGGACUGGAGCUGCAGUCCUGGCGUGGGGACUGGAGCUGCAGUCCCGGCGUGGGGACUGGAGGUGCAUGCAGUCCCGGCGUGGGGACUGGAGCUGCAGUCCCGGCUUGGCGACUGGAGCUGCAGUCCCGGCUUGCGGACUGGAGCUGCAGUCCCAGCGUGGGGACUGGAGGUGCAGUCCCAGCGUGGGGACUGGAGGUGCAGUCGCGGCUUGGGGACUGGAGCUGCAGUCCCGGCGUGGGGACUGGAGCUGCAGUCCCGGCGUGGGGACUGGAGCUGCAGUCGCGGCUUGGGGACUGGAGCUGCAGUCCCGGAGUGGGGACUGGAGCUGCAGUCCCGGCGUGGGGACUGGAGCUGCAGUCCCGGCGUGGGGACUGGAGCUGCAGUCCCGGCUUGGGGACAGGAGCUGCAGUCCCGGCGUGGGGACUGGAGCUGCAGUCCCGGCGUGGGGACUGGAGCUGCAGUCCCGGCGUGGGGACUGGAGCUGCAGUCCUGGCGUGGGGACUGGAGCUGCAGUCCCGGCGUGGGGACUGGAGGUGCAUGCAGUCCCGGCGUGGGGACUGGAGCUGCAGUCCCGGCUUGGGGACUGGAGCUGCAGUCCCGGCUUGGGGACUGGAGCUGCAGUCCCGGCUUGGGGACUGGAGCUGCAGUCCCGGCAUGGGGACUGGAGCUGCAGUCCCGGCGUGGGGACUGGAGCUGCAGUCCCGGCGUGGGGACUGGAGCUGCAGUCGCGGCUUGGGGACUGGAGCUGCAGUCCCGGAGUGGGGACUGGAGCUGCAGUCCCGGCGUGGGGACUGGAGCUGCAGUCCCGGCGUGGGGACUGGAGCUGCAGUCCCGGCUUGGGGACAGGAGCUGCAGUCCCGGCGUGGGGACUGGAGCUGCAGUCCCGGCGUGGGGACUGGAGCUGCAGUCCCGGCGUGAGGACUGGAGCUGCAGUCCCGGCGUGGGGACUGGAGCUGCAGUCCCGGCGUGGGGACUGGAGCUGCAGUCCCGGCGUGGGGACUGGAGCUACAGUCCCGGCGUGGGGACUGGAGCUGCAGUCCCGGCGUGGGGACUGGAGCUGCAGUCCCGGCGUGGGGACUGGAGCUGCAGUCCUGGCGUGGGGACUGGAGCUGCAGUCCCGGCUUGGGGACUGGGGCUGCAGUCCCAGCGUGGGGACUGGAGCCGCAGUCCCGGCUUGGGGACUGGAGCUGCAAUCCCGGCUUGGGGACUGGAGCUGCAGUCCCGGCGUGGGGACUGGAGCUGCAGUCCCGGCGUGGGGACUGGAGCUGCAGUCCCGGCGUGGGGACUGGAGCUGCAGUCCCAGCGUGGGGACUGGAGGUGCAGUCCCGGCUUGGGGACUGGAGCUGCAGUCCCGGCUUGGGGACUGGAGCUGCAGUCCCGGCUUGGGGACUGGAGCUGCAGUCCCGGCUUGGGGACUGGAGCUGCAGUCCCGGCGUGGGGACUGGAGCUGCAGUCCCGGCGUGGGGACUGGAGCUGCAGUCCCGGCGUGGGGACUGGAGCUGCAGUCCCGGCGUGGGGACUGGAGCUGCAGUCCCGGCUUGGGGACUGGAGCUGCAAUCCCGGCUUGGGGACUGGAGCUGCAGUCCCGGCGUGGGGACUGGAGCUGCAGUCCCGGCGUGGGGACUGGAGCUGCAGUCCCGGCGUGGGGACUGGAGCUGCAGACCCAGCGUGGGAACUGGAGGUGCAGUCCCGGCUUGGGGACUGGAGCUGCAGUCCUGGCUUGGGGACUACAGCUGCAGUACUGGCGUGGGGACUGGAGCUGCAGUCCCGGCGUGGGGACUGGAGCUGCAGUCCCGGCGUGGGGACUGGAGCUGCAGUCCCGGCUUGGGGACUGGAGCUGCAGUCCCGGCGUGGGGACUGGAGCUGCAGUCCCGGCUUGGGGACUGGAGCUGCAGUCCCGGCGUGGGGACUGGAGGUGCAUGCAGUCCCGGCGUGGGGACUGGAGCUGCAGUCCCGGCUUGGGGACUGGAGCUGCAGUCCCGGCUUGGGGACUGGAGCUGCAGUCCCGGCGUGGGGACUGGAGCUGCAGUCCCGGCGUGGGGACUGGAGGUGCAUGCAGUCCCAGCGUGGGGACUGGAGGUGCAGUCCCAGCGUGGGGACUGGAGGUGCAGUCGCGGCUUGGGGACUGGAGCUGCAGUCCCGGCGUGGGGACUGGAGCUGCAGUCCCGGCGUGGGGACUGGAGCUGCAGUCGCGGCUUGGGGACUGGAGCUGCAGUCCCGGAGUGGGGACUGGAGCUGCAGUCCCGGCGUGGGGACUGGAGCUGCAGUCCCGGCGUGGGGACUGGAGCUGCAGUCCCGGCUUGGGGACAGGAGCUGCAGUCCCGGCGUGGGGACUGGAGCUGCAGUCCCGGCGUGGGGACUGGAGCUGCAGUCCCGGCGUGGGGACUGGAGCUGCAGUCCCGGCGUGGGGACUGGAGCUGCAGUCCCGGCGUGGGGACUGGAGGUGCAUGCAGUCCCGGCGUGGGGACUGGAGCUGCAGUCCCGGCUUGGGGACUGGAGCUGCAGUCCCGGCUUGCGGACUGGAGCUGCAGUCCCAGCGUGGGGACUGGAGGUGCAGUCCCAGCGUGGGGACUGGAGGUGCAGUCGCGGCUUGGGGACUGGAGCUGCAGUCCCGGCGUGGGGACUGGAGCUGCAGUCCCGGCGUGGGGACUGGAGCUGCAGUCGCGGCUUGGGGACUGGAGCUGCAGUCCCGGAGUGGGGACUGGAGCUGCAGUCCCGGCGUGGGGACUGGAGCUGCAGUCCCGGCGUGGGGACUGGAGCUGCAGUCCCGGCUUGGGGACAGGAGCUGCAGUCCCGGCGUGGGGACUGGAGCUGCAGUCCCGGCGUGGGGACUGGAGCUGCAGUCCCGGCGUGGGGACUGGAGCUGCAGUCCUGGCGUGGGGACUGGAGCUGCAGUCCCGGCGUGGGGACUGGAGGUGCAUGCAGUCCCGGCGUGGGGACUGGAGCUGCAGUCCCGGCUUGGGGACUGGAGCUGCAUUCCCGGCUUGGGGACUGGAGCUGCAGUCCCGGCUUGGGGACUGGAGCUGCAGUCCCGGCAUGGGGACUGGAGCUGCAGUCCCGGCGUGGGGACUGGAGCUGCAGUCCCGGCGUGGGGACUGGAGCUGCAGUCGCGGCUUGGGGACUGGAGCUGCAGUCCCGGAGUGGGGACUGGAGCUGCAGUCCCGGCGUGGGGACUGGAGCUGCAGUCCCGGCGUGGGGACUGGAGCUGCAGUCCCGGCUUGGGGACAGGAGCUGCAGUCCCGGCGUGGGGACUGGAGCUGCAGUCCCGGCGUGGGGACUGGAGCUGCAGUCCCGGCGUGAGGACUGGAGCUGCAGUCCCGGCGUGGGGACUGGAGCUGCAGUCCCGGCGUGGGGACUGGAGCUGCAGUCCCGGCGUGGGGACUGGAGCUACAGUCCCGGCGUGGGGACUGGAGCUGCAGUCCCGGCGUGGGGACUGGAGCUGCAGUCCCGGCGUGGGGACUGGAGCUGCAGUCCCGGCGUGGGGACUGGAGCUGCAGUCCUGGCGUGGGGACUGGAGCUGCAGUCCCGGCUUGGGGACUGGGGCUGCAGUCCAGCGUGGGGACUGGAGCCGCAGUCCCGGCUUGGGGACUGGAGCUGCAAUCCCGGCUUGGGGACUGGAGCUGCAGUCCCGGCGUGGGGACUGGAGCUGCAGUCCUGGCGUGGGGACUGGAGCUGCAGUCCCGGCGUGGGGACUGGAGCUGCAGUCCCAGCGUGGGGACUGGAGGUGCAGUCCCGGCUUGGGGACUGGAGCUGCAGUCCCGGCUUGGGGACUGGAGCUGCAGUCCCGGCUUGGGGACUGGAGCUGCAAUCCCGGCUUGGGGACUGGAGCUGCAGUCCCGGCGUGGGGACUGGAGCUGCAGUCCUGGCGUGGGGACUGGAGCUGCAGUCCCGGCGUGGGGACUGGAGAUGUAGUCCCGGCUUGGGGACUGGAGCUGCAGUCCCGGCUUGGGGACUGGAGCUGCAGUCCCGGCUUGGGGACUGGAGCUGCAAUCCCGGCUUGGGGACUGGAGCUGCAGUCCCGGCGUGGGGACUGGAGCUGCAGUCCCGGCGUGGGGACUGGAGCUGCAGUCCCAGCGUGGGAACUGGAGGUGCAGUCCCGGCUUGGGGACUGGAGCUGCAGUCCUGGCUUGGGGACUAGAGCUGCAGUACUGGCGUGGGGACUGGAGCUGCAGUCCCGGCGUGGGGACUGGAGCUGCAGUCCCGGCGUGGGGACUGGAGCUGCAGUCCCGGCUUGGGGACUGGAGCUGCAGUCCCGGCGUGGGGACUGGAGCUGCAGUCCCGGCUUGGGGACUGGAGCUGCAGUCCCGGCGUGGGGACUGGAGGUGCAUGCAGUCCCGGCGUGGGGACUGGAGCUGCAGUCCCGGCUUGGGGACUGGAGCUGCAGUCCCGGCUUGGGGACUGGAGCUGCAGUCCCGGCGUGGGGACUGGAGCUGCAGUCCCGGCGUGGGGACUGGAGCUGCAGUCCCGGCGUGGGGACUGGAGCUGCAGUCCCGGCGUGGGGACUGGAGCUGCAGUCCCGGCUUGGGGACUGGAGCUGCAGUCCCGGCUUGGGGACUGGAGCUGCAGUCCCGGCAUGGGGACUGGAGCUGCAGUCCCGGCUUGGGGACUGGAGCUGCAGUCCCGGCGUGGGGACUGGAGCUGCAGUCCCGGCGUGGGGACUGGAGCUGCAGUCCUGGCUUGGGGACUGGGGCUGCAGUCCUGGCUUGGGGACUAGAGCUGCAGUACUGGCGUGGGGACUGGAGCUGCAGUCCCGGCAUGGGGACUGGAGCUGCAGUCCCGGCGUGGGGACUGGAGCUGCAGUCCCGGCGUGGGGACUGGAGGCGCAUGCAGUCCCGGCGUGGGGACUGGAGCUGCAGUCCCGGCGUGGGGACUGGAGCUGCAGUUCCGGCGUGGGGACUGGAGCUGCAGUCCCGGUGUGGGGACUGGAGCUGCAGUCCCGGCGUGGGGACUGGAGGUGCAUGCAGUCCCGGCGUGGGGACUGGAGCUGCAGUCCCGGCGUGGGGACUGGAGCUGCAGUCCCGGCGUGGGGACUGGAGCUGCAGUCCCGGCUUGGGGACUGGAGCUGCAGUCCCGGCGUGGGGACUGGAGCUGCAGUCCUGGCGUGGGGACUGGAGCUGCAGUCCCGGCGUGGGGACUGGAGCUGCAGUCCCGGCGUGGGGACUGGAGCUGCAGUCCCGGCUUGGGGACUGGAGCUGCAGUCCCGGCGUGGGGACUGGAGCUGCAGUCCUGGCGUGGGGACUGGAGCUGCAGUCCCGGCGUGGGGACUGGAGCUGCAGUCCCGGCUUGGGGACUGGAGCUGCAGUCCCGGCUUGGGGACUGGAGCUGCAGUCCCGGCAUGGGGACUGGAGCUGCAGUCCCGGCUUGGGGACUGGAGCUGCAGUCCCGGCGUGGGGACUGGAGCUGCAGUCCCGGCGUGGGGACUGGAGCUGCAGUCCCGGCUUGGGGACUGGAGCUGCAGUCCCGGCGUGGGGACUGGAGCUGCAGUCCCGGCGUGGGGACUGGAGCUGCAGUCCCGGCGUGGGGACUGGAGCUGCAGUCCCGGCUUGGGGACUGGAGCUGCAGUCCCGGCUUGGGGACUGGAGCUGCAGUCCCGGCUUGGGGACUGGAGCUGCAGUCCCGGCGUGGGGACUGGAGCUGCAGUCCCGGCGUGGGGACUGGAGCUGCAGUCCCGGCGUGGGGACUGGAGCUGCAGUCCCGGCGUGGGGACUGGAGCUGCAGUCCCGGCGUGGGGACUGGAGCUGCAGUCCCGGCGUGGGAACUGGAGGUGCAGUCCCGGCUUGGGGACUGGAGCUGCAGUCCUGGCUUGGGGACUAGAGCUGCAGUACUGGCGUGGGGACUGGAGCUGCAGUCCCGGCGUGGGGACUGGAGCUGCAGUCCCGGCGUGGGGACUGGAGCUGCAGUCCCGGCUUGGGGACUGGAGCUGCAGUCCCGGCGUGGGGACUGGAGCUGCAGUCCCGGCUUGGGGACUGGAGCUGCAGUCCCGGCGUGGGGACUGGAGGUGCAUGCAGUCCCGGCGUGGGGACUGGAGCUGCAGUCCCGGCUUGGGGACUGGAGCUGCAGUCCCGGCUUGGGGACUGGAGCUGCAGUCCCGGCGUGGGGACUGGAGCUGCAGUCCCGGCGUGGGGACUGGAGCUGCAGUCCCGGCUUGGGGACUGGAGCUGCAGUCCCGGCGUGGGGACUGGAGCUGCAGUCCUGGCGUGGGGACUGGAGCUGCAGUCCCGGCGUGGGGACUGGAGCUGCAGUCCCGGCUUGGGGACUGGAGCUGCAGUCCCGGCUUGGGGACUGGAGCUGCAGUCCCGGCAUGGGGACUGGAGCUGCAGUCCCGGCUUGGGGACUGGAGCUGCAGUCCCGGCGUGGGGACUGGAGCUGCAGUCCCGGCGUGGGGACUGGAGCUGCAGUCCCGGCUUGGGGACUGGAGCUGCAGUCCCGGCGUGGGGACUGGAGCUGCAGUCCCGGCGUGGGGACUGGAGCUGCAGUCCCGGCGUGGGGACUGGAGGCGCAUGCAGUCCCGGCGUGGGGACUGGAGCUGCAGUCCCGGCGUGGGGACUGGAGCUGCAGUCCCGGCGUGGGGACUGGAGCUGCAGUCCCGGUGUGGGGACUGGAGCUGCAGUCCCGGCGUGGGGACUGGAGGUGCAUGCAGUCCCGGCGUGGGGACUGGAGCUGCAGUCCCGGCGUGGGGACUGGAGCUGCAGUCCCGGCGUGGGGACUGGAGCUGCAGUCCCGGCUUGGGGACUGGAGCUGCAGUCCCGGCUUGGGGACUGGAGCUGCAGUCCCGGCGUGGGGACUGGAGCUGCAGUCCUGGCGUGGGGACUGGAGCUGCAGUCCCGGCGUGGGGACUGGAGCUGCAGUCCCGGCGUGGGGACUGGAGCUGCAGUCCCGGCUUGGGGACUGGAGCUGCAGUCCCGGCGUGGGGACUGGAGCUGCAGUCCUGGCGUGGGGACUGGAGCUGCAGUCCCGGCGUGGGGACUGGAGCUGCAGUCCCGGCUUGGGGACUGGAGCUGCAGUCCCGGCUUGGGGACUGGAGCUGCAGUCCCGGCAUGGGGACUGGAGCUGCAGUCCCGGCUUGGGGACUGGAGCUGCAGUCCCGGCGUGGGGACUGGAGCUGCAGUCCCGGCGUGGGGACUGGAGCUGCAGUCCCGGCUUGGGGACUGGAGCUGCAGUCCCGGCGUGGGGACUGGAGCUGCAGUCCCGGCGUGGGGACUGGAGCUGCAGUCCCGGCGUGGGGACUGGAGCUGCAGUCCCGGCUUGGGGACUGGAGCUGCAGUCCCGGCUUGGGGACUGGAGCUGCAGUCCCGGCUUGGGGACUGGAGCUGCAGUCCCGGCGUGGGGACUGGAGCUGCAGUCCCGGCGUGGGGACUGGAGCUGCAGUCCCGGCGUGGGGACUGGAGCUGCAGUCCCGGCGUGGGGACUGGAGCUGCAGUCCCAGCGUGGGAACUGGAGGUGCAGUCCCGGCUUGGGGACUGGAGCUGCAGUCCUGGCUUGGGGACUGGAGCUGCAGUACUGGCGUGGGGACUAGAGCUGCAGUCCCGGCGUGGGGACUGGAGCUGCAGUCCCGGCGUGGGGACUGGAGCUGCAGUCCCGGCUUGGGGACUGGAGCUGCAGUCCCGGCGUGGGGACUGGAGCUGCAGUCCCGGCUUGGGGACUGGAGCUGCAGUCCCGGUGUGGGGACUGGAGCUGCAGUCCCGGCGUGGGGACUGGAGGUGCAUGCAGUCCCGGCGUGGGGACUGGAGCUGCAGUCCCGGCGUGGGGACUGGAGCUGCAGUCCCGGCGUGGGGACUGGAGCUGCAGUCCCGGCUUGGGGACUGGAGCUGCAGUCCCGGCUUGGGGACUGGAGCUGCAGUCCCGGCGUGGGGACUGGAGCUGCAGUCCUGGCGUGGGGACUGGAGCUGCAGUCCCGGCGUGGGGACUGGAGCUGCAGUCCCGGCGUGGGGACUGGAGCUGCAGUCCCGGCUUGGGGACUGGAGCUGCAGUCCCGGCGUGGGGACUGGAGCUGCAGUCCUGGCGUGGGGACUGGAGCUGCAGUCCCGGCGUGGGGACUGGAGCUGCAGUCCCGGCUUGGGGACUGGAGCUGCAGUCCCGGCUUGGGGACUGGAGCUGCAGUCCCGGCAUGGGGACUGGAGCUGCAGUCCCGGCUUGGGGACUGGAGCUGCAGUCCCGGCGUGGGGACUGGAGCUGCAGUCCCGGCGUGGGGACUGGAGCUGCAGUCCCGGCUUGGGGACUGGAGCUGCAGUCCCGGCGUGGGGACUGGAGCUGCAGUCCCGGCGUGGGGACUGGAGCUGCAGUCCCGGCGUGGGGACUGGAGCUGCAGUCCCGGCUUGGGGACUGGAGCUGCAGUCCCGGCUUGGGGACUGGAGCUGCAGUCCCGGCUUGGGGACUGGAGCUGCAGUCCCGGCGUGGGGACUGGAGCUGCAGUCCCGGCGUGGGGACUGGAGCUGCAGUCCCGGCGUGGGGACUGGAGCUGCAGUCCCGGCGUGGGGACUGGAGCUGCAGUCCCAGCGUGGGAACUGGAGGUGCAGUCCCGGCUUGGGGACUGGAGCUGCAGUCCUGGCUUGGGGACUGGAGCUGCAGUACUGGCGUGGGGACUAGAGCUGCAGUCCCGGCGUGGGGACUGGAACUGCAGUCCCGGCGUGGGGACUGGAGCUGCAGUCCCGGCUUGGGGACUGGAGCUGCAGUCCCGGCGUGGGGACUGGAGCUGCAGUCCCGGCUUGGGGACUGGAGCUGCAGUCCCGGCGUGGGGACUGGAGGUGCAUGCAGUCCCGGCGUGGGGACUGGAGCUGCAGUCCCGGCUUGGGGACUGGAGCUGCAGUCCCGGCUUGGGGACUGGAGCUGCAGUCCCGGCGUGGGGACUGGAGCUGCAGUCCCGGCGUGGGGACUGGAGCUGCAGUCCCGGCGUGGGGACUGGAGCUGCAGUCCCGGCGUGGGGACUGGAGCUGCAGUCCCGGCUUGGGGACUGGAGCUGCAGUCCCGGCUUGGGGACUGGAGCUGCAGUCCCGGCAUGGGGACUGGAGCUGCAGUCCCGGCUUGGGGACUGGAGCUGCAGUCCCGGCGUGGGGACUGGAGCUGCAGUCCCGGCGUGGGGACUGGAGCUGCAGUCCUGGCUUGGGGACUGGGGCUGCAGUCCUGGCUUGGGGACUAGAGCUGCAGUACUGGCGUGGGGACUGGAGCUGCAGUCCCGGCAUGGGGACUGGAGCUGCAGUCCCGGCGUGGGGACUGGAGCUGCAGUCCCGGCGUGGGGACUGGAGGCGCAUGCAGUCCCGGCGUGGGGACUGGAGCUGCAGUCCCGGCGUGGGGACUGGAGCUGCAGUCCCGGCGUGGGGACUGGAGCUGCAGUCCCGGUGUGGGGACUGGAGCUGCAGUCCCGGCGUGGGGACUGGAGGUGCAUGCAGUCCCGGCGUGGGGACUGGAGCUGCAGUCCCGGCGUGGGGACUGGAGCUGCAGUCCCGGCGUGGGGACUGGAGCUGCAGUCCCGGCUUGGGGACUGGAGCUGCAGUCCCGGCUUGGGGACUGGAGCUGCAGUCCCGGCGUGGGGACUGGAGCUGCAGUCCUGGCGUGGGGACUGGAGCUGCAGUCCCGGCGUGGGGACUGGAGCUGCAGUCCCGGCGUGGGGACUGGAGCUGCAGUCCCGGCUUGGGGACUGGAGCUGCAGUCCCGGCGUGGGGACUGGAGCUGCAGUCCUGGCGUGGGGACUGGAGCUGCAGUCCCGGCGUGGGGACUGGAGCUGCAGUCCCGGCUUGGGGACUGGAGCUGCAGUCCCGGCUUGGGGACUGGAGCUGCAGUCCCGGCAUGGGGACUGGAGCUGCAGUCCCGGCUUGGGGACUGGAGCUGCAGUCCCGGCGUGGGGACUGGAGCUGCAGUCCCGGCGUGGGGACUGGAGCUGCAGUCCCGGCUUGGGGACUGGAGCUGCAGUCCCGGCGUGGGGACUGGAGCUGCAGUCCCGGCGUGGGGACUGGAGCUGCAGUCCCGGCGUGGGGACUGGAGCUGCAGUCCCGGCUUGGGGACUGGAGCUGCAGUCCCGGCUUGGGGACUGGAGCUGCAGUCCCGGCUUGGGGACUGGAGCUGCAGUCCCGGCGUGGGGACUGGAGCUGCAGUCCCGGCGUGGGGACUGGAGCUGCAGUCCCGGCGUGGGGACUGGAGCUGCAGUCCCGGCUUGGGGACUGGAGCUGCAGUCCCGGCGUGGGGACUGGAGCUGCAGUCCCAGCUUGGGGACUGGAGCUGCAGUCCCAGCGUGGGGACUGGAGCUUUAG